CCCCGCGCCGAGCUGCGGGUAUAAGAGCGCGGCGGCGCGGGGCAGCUGCGGGCUUCGCAGGGGCGACGCUCGCCUAGCCGGUCCGCAUCCGCGCCCGGGACCCGCCCGACACCACGAAGAUGGCACCCGUCGGGGGCAAAAAGGCCAAGAGGGGCAUCCUAGAACGCUUAAACUCGGGAGAGGUUGUCAUUGGUGAUGGAGGGUUUGUCUUUGCCCUGGAGAAGAGGGGCUAUGUUAAGGCAGGUCCCUGGACCCCAGAGGCUGCCGUGGAGCACCCAGAAGCAGUUCGCCAGCUUCAUCGAGAGUUCCUCAGAGCUGGAUCGAAUGUCAUGCAGACCUUCACCUUUUAUGCGAGUGAGGACAAGCUGGAGAACAGGGGAAACUAUGUUGCCGAGAAAAUAUCCGGGCAGAAAGUCAACGAAGCAGCUUGCGACAUUGCCCGGCAAGUGGCUGAUGAGGGAGACGCGUUGGUGGCAGGAGGCGUGAGCCAGACGCCUUCGUACCUUAGCUGCAAGAGUGAGACUGAAGUGAAAAAAGUCUUUGAGCAGCAGCUGGAGGUCUUUCUAAAGAAGAACGUGGACUUCCUGAUUGCAGAGUAUUUUGAACACGUUGAAGAGGCUGUGUGGGCAGUUGAAGCCUUGAAAGCAUCUGGGAAACCAGUGGCGGCGACCAUGUGCAUCGGCCCGGAGGGCGAUUUGCACGGCGUGAGCCCCGGCGAGUGCGCCGUGCGCCUGGUUAAAGCAGGGGCGUCCAUCGUUGGCGUGAACUGCCAUUUUGACCCCACAAUUAGUUUACAAACAGUGAAGCUCAUGAAAGAAGGCUUGGAGGCUGCCCGACUGAAAGCCCACCUGAUGAGUCAGCCUUUGGCCUACCACACUCCCGACUGCAACAAACAGGGGUUUAUCGAUCUGCCAGAAUUCCCCUUCGGACUGGAGCCCAGAGUCACAACAAGAUGGGAUAUUCAAAAAUAUGCCAGAGAGGCCUACAACCUGGGGGUCAGGUACAUUGGCGGGUGCUGUGGAUUUGAACCCUACCACAUCAGGGCGAUUGCAGAGGAGCUGGCCCCAGAAAGGGGCUUUUUGCCACCAGCUUCAGAAAAGCAUGGCAGCUGGGGAAGCGGUUUGGACAUGCACACCAAACCGUGGAUUCGAGCCAGGGCCAGGAAGGAAUACUGGGAAAAUCUCCGGAUAGCCUCCGGCAGGCCAUACAACCCUUCACUGUCAAAGCCUGACGCCUGGGGAGUGACCAAGGGAACAUCCGAGCUGAUGCAGCAGAAAGAAGCCACAACUGAGCAGCAGCUCAGAGAGCUUUUCGAAAAACAGAAAUUCAAAUCUGCACAGUAGCCUCCGUGGAAGCUGUUUUGGGUGACUUCCUUUACGGUUGGGCCACAGCUCCUAGAAAUACAGAAAAAGAUAGUUAAAAAGCAAUGCUUGUGCUAACGCCAGCCUACACAUAAAGCUGGUACGAGCUAAACAAAAUAGAAUUACAAAUAGCGCUUGACAAUUUUAAAAGUAUGUUUUAGAAGUUUACUUAGAAGCAAAAUAAGUAAGGAGCGAACCUUAAGUAGGUUUACUGAUUACUCACCGUGUGUAAGGUAUUAAGGGAAUCUCUGAGGCCAAGGAAAAGUAAUUGGACAUUAAUCCGCCUUCAGGAAGUUUGCCUGGUAGUAAGGAGGAGGAGGAGGCGUGAGCUGUCAUAAGUGGCUCAGGGCCAGACAGGGACAGAUAGAGUGCUACAGGGAAGUGACUUCCAAGCUCUCUUGAACACGACCCUCAGCAAGAAACACAAUUUAUAUAAUGACCCAGUAAAACAUAUAAUAUACAACCACUGAAAUAAAAUGUGUGAUCGAUUCUGGUA